UUUCAUUUUGUGGUUUCCUCUUUAAUAUUUCAGUCGUAAAUAUUUGCUGAUCAAUUGUCUUGAAAAGCGACAAAAUGAGAAAGAUGCCAAAGAAGAUUAUCACGUUUUGAGAAAUAAAUGUCAAACACAGUGUCCGAAGAUUGGGGGAAACAACAUGAGCUCUGAUGAAGAUGUGGCAGCUGCAUCCAGACAUACUCUUUUCAUAGGGAAGAAAGAGAAUAUAAUUCAAGCCAGACGAGUGGUGAAGUCAGUUGGUGAAAGAGAUGUUCUGGUGAUUUACCACCAGGGGGACUUCUAUGCUAUUGAUGUGCGCUGCUAUCACUCUGGAGGUCCACUUCAGGAAGGAGAUAUAGAGGACUUUGAUGGACGGACAUGCAUAGUGUGCCCGUGGCAUAAGUAUAAAAUUACAUUAGCUGAAGGUGAGGGUCUCUAUCAGGCAGUGGACCCUUCUGUGAAGGCCCUGAAACCAACCUGGUGCUCUAAAGGCAUUAAGCAAAGAGUCCACACAGUGACAGUGUCUAAUGAAGAUGUGUUCCUCACCUUAAAUGACUCUCCAGGACCCAUUGACUCUGAUUACUAUCAGACUGAGAAAUAUAGAAACACCUUCCUGAAAGAAGGGCAGAAGAAAACAAAGUGACCUCAGGGGAAGAGAUAUGAGAUUAGUGAGCGUCUCAGGCAUCAGCUGAUCAGCAAACGUGUUCUGCUGAAAUUGUUUUUAUCUGUCUCUGCUGGAAAACCUAGUUAAGUUAUAAAGCUGGUCUAGCUGGUUUGUAACCAGUCACCAUUUUCCAAAAAUCAGCCUGACCACCUAGUUUGUUGGUGGUCCAAGAUGGUUUACCAACUAAUGAUCAUUUUAGACCAACUAAAAACCAGCUAGCAUGUCCCAAAACCAUUUUCGAGUCUGGGGCCUUUUUCACGGUACUUUGUCACAAGCGCUUUUUAAUGGACAAAUAUGCUACUUAUGAACUAUAUUUGAAUCCACCUACAUUUUCAGUGUUUAGACAGACCUUUGUAGAUGUUGACUUGAAAUAUGUAACUUUUUAUUUUAUCAUAAUUAAUAAUUUAAUCACUAAAUCAGACCACUGACAUGCUUUUCGCAUGCAAUCUUGUACCCAAUCCCAUGGAUUUUCUCACUUUUAUUACUCAGAUAUGCAGAUUUAGUGACAAGUGCACAGACAGGAAAAAGAAUAAUAAAAUAAACAAAUUGGCGGAAUAGGCACCUAAAAACAAGCUUAUGUAACUUUCCAGUACUAUCCUGUUAUGUUUGUAGUAACCUUAGGAUGUUCUAAACUUCUUGUUUAUAACAAGUUGGGCACAUUCAUAUUUAUGUUACAUUGUUAAUGAAAAUGAUUAUAAAUGUAGCUCGUAUCUGUAUACAGUCAUAGGAAAUUGAAAAUAAAUAAUGUAGUAUUAUAUUCCCUGUUUAAAAUAAAGAAUGAACACAAUAUAUGCUUUUUAGUCUUUUAUUAAUAUUUUUAAUUCUAUGAACAGAAAGGAUGUCCUCAGAGCUGGUAGAGGAUUUGAUUUAAGUACUGACAGUGAUGACAGUUGAACUGAUAGUGGAGUGUGUCAGGGUGUCAGAGGGUGACAUGGAAAAAUGAGAGGCCAAGGAUGGAAGUGAAAGGAGGUGUUUGAAUGAGAG